AUGAAAACUACAGCUCGUCAGAUUUUCCGGACCUGCAACAAACUCUUCUCGGGAAAAACCCCAAACGACAUCGUGGAGGCCCAUCCGUCGAACAUAGCAACGGCAGCACAUUUGGAAAACAUCCAACAGUUUCCCAGCUCGUCCCAGACUCCCAGUGUGGAGGCGGGGCCGGAGUGCGUCCACCAUGUGGAGGCCGUGAUGGAGCGGGCCCACCACGGAGGCGGCUGGCUCCUGUCGGGCAUCAUCUGCAUGAACAUCCUGAUAGUGGGCUGUGCUUUGGUCAGCGGCAGUGCGAUCAGCGGGGUCAUCACCACCGUGCACCAGCAAAUCUUCAUCAUCGUCCUCCUCCUCCUCACAAUGCUGUGGAUGUUCAUCUACACCGUCUUCACCUCUCGAAAGGAUGAAGCCCAGUUCAAGGACAGCCAUGCAGGGCCGGUGUGGCUCAGAGUUGGACUUGUGCUGUUCGGCGUGCUCAGUCUCCUCAUGGACUCAUUCAAGAUCGUCAACUAUGUGGGCUUCAUUCACUGUGAAUCGGCUGUUAAAGUCGCUUUCCCUGUCGUACAAGCUGUGUUUUUGCUUUCCCAGACAUACUUCCUGUGGACUUAUGCGAAAGACUGUGUACAGAUACAAACAAAUUUUACUCGCUGUGGGCUCACUCUUACACUGUCAACGAACCUGGUCGUGUGGAUGGCAGCAGUGACCGAGGAAUCCAUUCACCAGACUGAGCUUCCCGAUUUAAAUACCAGCGUCUCUCACAAGAUGUACAGAGCGAGCUACGGGGACAGAAGUUGCAAAUGCAGCCACUCCAUGUGCGACACCUUCAAAGAGGCCUUCUACUACCUGUACCCCUUCAACAUCGAGUACAGCCUCUUUGCCUCUGCCAUGGCGUACGUCAUGUGGAAGAACGUGGGUCGACUCGUGGACGACCACGGCCACCACAACGUCAAGUUUCGUCCUAAGGAUGUGUGUUUGGGACCCGUGACGGGAAUUCUCCUGGUUCUGUCGGGACUUGUGACGUUCAUAGUGUACGAGGUGGGCGUACUGGCAGAGGAGAAGGAGAGGAGAAACGAGGCCUUGAUGAUUCAUUUCAUCACCAAUGUCGUGAUAGUGAGCCUGAUGUCCGUCGCCGCCGCCAUCGGCUGCGUCGUCUACAGGCUGGACCGCCGGGAGCACGUGUCGGAGAAGAACCCGACUCGGACCCUGGACAAGGCGCUGCUGGUGGGAGCCUCGAUGGGACAGCUGGUCAUCAGCUACUUCUCUAUCGUGGCGGUGGUGGCGACGGGAGCCAGGGGCUACCUGAACGCCCUCAACCUGGCGUGGGCCGUGCUGAUGGUGCUCGAGCUCGGCCUCCAGAACUACUUCAUCAUCGAGGGCUUGCACCGGGAGCCCUUCCACGGGAUGCAGGAGGCGGCUCUGCACACAAACGCUCACAGCUUCCACCAACACAUGGAGACGAUGGUUGUGAUGGAGGGCAGCAAGUCCAACUACAUCCUGAACUCGAGUGACGACAAGCCAAACUGGAAGAGGAGAAUACUGAAGGAAGUGUGUGCCUUCCUGCUGCUCGCCAACAUCAUGAUGUGGAUCAUGCCUGCGUUCGGCGCUCGUCCUCAGUUCGAUCACCCGGCCGAGGCAAAACUCUACAGGUUCACAGCGUGGGCCGCCAUUGUGAACGUUGGACUUCCUUUCGGGAUCUUCUACCGCAUGCACUCAGUGGCCAGUCUGUUUGAAGUCUACUUGAUCUCGUAG